AUGGACCUCUAUGCUCAUCCAAUGGCCGUUAACGGGUUCCUACAAGACGGGUUCCGUAAGGGUCUCAAACCAAAUACAUUGAAGGUUCACCUCACAGCUAUCAACUCUCAUUUGGAUGGAAUCUUCUCAGGUAUUCCGGUUAUUUCCAGAUUCUUCAGAGCCCAGUACAAGCUAAGGCCUACUGUUCCAUUGGGACUUGUCCAGCAUACUGAAACAUCUUUGCUCUUUGAAUCACUUCAGUCUGUGGAGUUGAAAUGUGUGGCCUUCAAGACCUUCUUCCUGUGCAGGCAGCACCGGUGUGCAUCUGUCAGGCAGUAUGGGCGGCUUGGUGACGCGCAUCCGGCGGGGAGAGGGGAGUGCGCAGUCGGUGCUGGAGCUGGGAAGGUGGAGGCCGAGAUACCGGCCUGUGAGUGUGUAGGCGGGCAGGUCCAUACGGACCGGGGUUGGAGUCUGGAUCCCUCAAAGUACGAGAGGAGGCCGGAAGAGGGCACCGGAGCUGACCAGCCCGAGCCUUCCUCCGGACCCGCGCGCCUGCAGCAGGAAGAGAAGGAGGAAGCCGUGUGCUGUGUCGCUUCCCCUCCCGUCUACCCUGUGCUGCUGAGCCCGGCCUCUCUGUGCGCCGUGCCCCUGCACCCCGUGUCCUCGCAGACGCCCAUAGCCCUGCUCCCGGUACACCCCGUUCUGGUGGCCACCAUAGAUCUGUCCUCCAGUCCGGCUUUGCGGCCAGUGUGCUGCGAGCCAGCCCUGGACCCCGCCGAGUGCGCAGCCGAAGGGCCCCUGAUCGUGACCCGGACAUCAGUGGUGACAGCAGCCGGUGCCCAGGAUGAGGAGGGCAAGAUGAGCCAGGCCAAGAAGAAGAAGGCGGCCGGCAGUAGGGUCAUGCUGGUGAAGAGGAUCCUCAUGAAGGAUGGCGGCUCGCACCAAGGAAUAGGAAGGCCGAGUGUUUAUCAUGCUGUUGUGGUCAUCUUCCUUGAAUUCUUUGCAUGGGGCCUGUUAACAACACCAAUGCUAAUAGUGCUACAUGAAACUUUUCCCCAACAUACCUUUCUUAUGAAUGGUCUCAUUCAAGGAGUAAAGGGGUUCCUGUCAUUUAUGUGUGCUCCACUCAUUGGUGCUUUAUCAGACGUUUAUGGGAGAAAGUCCUUCCUGCUUAUAACUGUGUUCUUUACCUGUGCCCCUAUCCCGUUAAUGAGAAUAAGCCCAUGGUGGUAUUUUGCUAUGAUUUCAGUGUCUGGAGCAUUUUCUGUGACAUUCUCUGUGAUUUUUGCCUAUGUUGCUGACAUAACGCAGGAACAUGAAAGAAGUACAGCUUAUGGAUUGGUUUCUGCUACAUUUGCAGCAAGUUUGGUUACAAGUCCAGCAAUUGGUGCUUACAUCUCCACAUUUUACGGUGAUAACUUAGUUGUUCUUUUGGCUACCCUGGUGGCACUUUUGGAUAUCUGCUUUAUUUUAUUGGUUGUGCCAGAAUCACUGAGGGACAAAAUGAGACCUAACUUCUGGGGAGCACAGAUUACCUGGGAACAAGCGGACCCAUUUUCUUCACUGAAAAAAAUUGGGAAAGACACCACAGUACUUCUCAUUUGUAUCACAGUUUUCUUUUCCUAUUUGCCGGAAGCUGGCCAAUAUUCCAGUUUUUUCCUUUAUCUUAAGCAGAUCAUAGGCUUCACUCAGGGUAGCAUUGCCGCUUUCAUAGCAGUGGUGGGGAUUUUGUCCAUUGUGGCUCAGACUGUUUUUCUCAGUAUCCUGAUGCGCUCAAUUGGAAACAAAAACACGGUUCUUCUUGGCCUUGGUUUCCAAAUGUUCCAGCUGGCCUGGUAUGGUUUUGGUUCGCAGCCAUGGAUGAUGUGGGCAGCUGGUGCUGUAGCUGCAAUGUCUAGUAUCACGUUCCCCGCUGUGAGCGCUCUGAUUUCCCGUAAUGCUGAAUCAGAUCAACAAGGUGUUGCACAAGGCAUGGUGACUGGUAUUCGAGGUUUAUGCAAUGGUCUAGGCCCGGCACUGUAUGGAUUUGUUUUCUUUCUUUUCCACGUGGAGCUUGGAGGACUAGUGCCAGUACCAAGUUCAGAUGACAAAGCAACAAUCAAAGACCCUGUUGAAGAUGGAUCUAUUAUUCCAGGACCACCAUUUUUAUUUGGUGCAAUCGCUGUCCUCCUUGCUUUUCUGGUGGCCUUGUUUAUCCCUGAACACCCCAGUGACUCCAAAAAACUGAUUGGUGGAAAGCACAGCACGAACAGCAAUAGUCAGGCGAAUAAUCUAGACCGCGGAGGCAAUGAGGAUAUAGAACCCUUGUUACAAGACACUAGUGUGUGACUCCCUUCUAAACUAUCCCUUGGUGUCACCUGCAGUCAGAAUAAAGGAAAAUGUACCAAAUUCAGCUGAAGAAAAAAGGUCAUUACACAACAGCAACCACAAAAAUAUGGCAUCGGUUCCCCAUGCAGAUGUUACGAAAAGCGUUAUUUUUUAUUUUCACUUUUUUAUUUUUUUGGUCUAAAAUAUCAGUUGUUACCUUUUCACUGCAUGGAAGGUUGCAUGAGUAGUGGAAAUUUCCAGCAGUAAAGCAGCUAAAGGUUUGAGAUUGUGUUUUUCUGUUUAUGCUACCUCGAACCUUGUCAUUGCAUAUUGUAUUGACUGUUGGUAAAGAAAAAAAAUCUCUAGGUAUUGCAGUGACAGAACGACUGACUCCGAAUGGUUCCAUAUGCAAAGAAAGACCGUGUUGUUACACACCCUACAGUGCCUGCUGUUACUUUUCUCUUUUGUGUUUUUUUAUUUUUUCUUGGAUGGUGAGGAGAAGACUUGGUUUUGCCUUUCUUGCUGCGUUUUCUGAGUAACCUUGUCUUCUGGAACUCUUCAAGUUAUCAAUAACUUGUUUACAGAGAUGUACUAUGAUGAACAGAAUGCUGCAGGAAUUCCCAAACCACCACUCUCAAAUCCAGCCAAGUGUCCAAACUAGUUAGGCAAAUGCUGCUAGGUCAGACCACAUAAACUCAUGUCAUUGGUAGCGAACAGUGGGCCUAUAAGGAAGAACAUCUUUAAUAAUGUGUCCCACAUAACAUUUGUGCACUGGAACGCGCUGCCUCAUUGUCACUUAGGGCAAGUAUUUGCACAGAGAAUUGUUAUGUAAAGCUGUAAAUAUAAAAUGAAUGGAAAGAAGAGUGGCUGAAAAGUACAAUUCUAAGUAGUUAGCAAAAUAUUUAUAUGGCAGCUUUCUCAUAUAUGUUACAUUUUAAAAAAAAAUCUUUACGGUAACUUUCUGAUUCAAACAAGCAACAUACUAAGGUCAAUGGGGAAACUUAUCAAAACCUGUUCAGAGGAAAAAUUGCCCAUAGCAACCAAUCAGAUCGCUUCUUUAAUUUUUAACAAGGCCUCUGCAAAAUGAAAGAAGUGAUCUGAUUGGUUGCUAUAGGCAACUGGGUACCGUAUUUUUCGUCAUAUAAGACGCACCCAAUUUUGAAGCUUAAAAAUCUAGAAAAUAAAGAUUCUGAACGAAAUAGCAGACACUGAGGAGCAGACACUGAGGAGGCAGGUAAGGUCCCUCCCGGUGUCCUGUAAGCUGUUCGGGACGCCGUGGUAAAAAUUUUACCGCGGCGGUCCCGGACAGCCCGACUGGGCAUCCGGGUUAGCGUCACUUUUGCUUCAGACGCGGCGGUCAGCUUUGAUCGCUGCGUCUGAAGGGUUAAUACAGGGCAUCACCGCAAUCGGUGAUGUCCUGUAUUAGCCGCGGGUUCCGGCCGUUGAUGGCUGCAGGGACCACCAGUUUUAAUGUGUAUUUGCCAUAUAAGACACACCAACUCCCCCCCCAGUUUUAGGGAAGAAAAAGUGCGUCUUAUACGGCGAAAAAUACGGUAACUUAUCCUUUGCACAUGUUUUGAUGAAUAUUCCCCAAUAUUUUUUGAAAACACAAAAAAGAGCACCUGAUAUAAAAAAAAAAUAUUAUUUGUUAUGCUCAAUACCAACGUGCAUUGGUCAUAAAGGUGCUUGAUCUCGUUACUAGCCCUUUAUUUAUAGUAGGUUCUUGCUUUAGUUUUGAUCACGACAACAUUCCUAAUUUAGGGAGGCUUCCUACAUAAUGCAGGUGGAUGCCAAGAACUACCAGCAUUUCUUGUCUUCUAUUCUCAGUCCAGAGACGGUCACCUCAUUUAUUAAACCCCAGCCUUAAUUGCUAUGUAGAGUGCAUUGGACACAUAUCAUAGCUUUCAUAUAUAAUACUCUUCCUACAUUGCUUUGAUAAAAGAGAUAUGCAGAUAAACAUUUUCUUUUUUUAUGGCUCAAUCUUUUUUUUCUCUCCCCCCAAAUGUCACCUGGGUAGAUUGAGUGGUUUGAAGAAAAUAUACAGAUGUACAUGUAUUUUUCUGGAACUGAUACAUUAAAAGUAAAUAAAGCAUCAUUAACGGAGCGCCGCUUUUAAUGUUUUAUAUGUAGAUAUUUGUAAGAAACCUUUUUCCCUACCGAGAGGCUGUGUAUAUCUUGUAUUUAUAACUGUAACAAGAUUCUUGACUGAUAAAAUAUAUAUUGCUUUUAUAUAAAGGAAUAUCUAUGACUGAAAAUGUUUUUUUUUCUCUUACAUAAGGUAUAUAUUUUGUGAUGUUUUUUUUCCUUCAACAAAGAGAACAUAUACAUUUUAUAAUAUGCAUUUGAUUUUUAUGUUAACACUGAUCAUGGUACAUAAUAAACAAGGCAUAUUAUACUCCUGUUAUGCUCUGGCAUAGCUUUAAUUGAAGUGUGCCCAUGGUUUUUAUUGGCUGACCAAUAUCUCUAUUGUAUAUUUAAAGGUUGUCCAGGAUUUCAAAAAUA